GCCCACAGAUGGCUCCCAGCGCCAUACUGACGCCCCCACACACACCCAUACAGACCAGCAGCCAGACACAGAUGCAGAUGCAAACACAGACACGCACACCGCCGCUGCUGCAGCCACGACCGCAGCCCAUCACACAGGUGCAGACGCAGGCGUUCCCCAUGCAGACGCUGGCGCAUCCGCAGACGGUGAUGAUCGCGCCGACCGCCACGCCGACACACAGAUUCAUCCAGAACCAGGUGAUCUGCCAGCAGAACCCCGGUGCCGGCUUCCAGGUCCUCCAGCCGCAGAUGCAGAGCAUCAUGACGUCACCGCAGGUCCAGCAGAUGACCAUCCAGCACCAGCGGCUGCUGACUCCAUCCGGUCAGACCUUCCAGACGCUGUCCACCGCGCCGGUCCACACCGUAUCGCAGCAGGUGCCUGUGCUGCUGCACCAGCCGCAGAUCCUGAAGACGGACUCUCUGGUUCUGACCACGCUCAAACCGGACGGGACGCAGGUGCUGUCGACUGUCCAGAACACGCCGGGCAUCACCACGCUCACGGCACCCAUCCAGACCACCGCGCUGCAGGUUCCUACACUGAUGGGCAGCAACAUUUUGACCACCGUUCCCAUGGUGAUUGGAGGUGGAGACAAGCUGCCAAUCAAGCAGCUCUCCUCGGGCACCGCCCACACGGGGGGCGGGGCCAGGGUGGGCAUGGAACAAGGCGCGGCCGUUACUGCGGGAACGGGAGGAGUCGUGAAGGAGGGUGAGAGACGGACGACACACAACGUCAUCGAGAAACGCUACCGAUCGUCCAUCAAUGACAAAAUCCUGGAGCUGCGCAACCUCGUGAUGGGCAGCGAUGCCAAGAUGCACAAGUCUGGCGUUCUGCUUAAAGCCAUCGACUACAUCAAAUACCUGCAGCAGGUGAACCAUAAGCUCCGACAGGAGAACCUGACGCUCAAGAUGGCCAGUCACAAGAACAAGAUGGUGUGUCUCUCUGAUGAUGUGGAUCUGAAGCCGGAGAUGGUCUUUAUUUCUCCUCCUCCGUCAGAGUCGGGCUCCAGCUCUCCCCCUCAGCUCUCGCCCUUCUGCGUCGACUCGGAGCCGGGCAGCCCGCUGCUUGAGCAUGAGACGGUGAAGAGCGAGCCGGACUCGCCAUCAUCAGUGGGAGUGCUGGACCGCUCGCGUCUGCUGCUCUGCACGCUCACCUUCCUCUGUCUGUCGCUCAACCCUCUUCCGUCUCUGCUGGGGUCCGAGGAGAGCACCGGGCUGGCGGCUGCGCACGGAUCCUCGCGCUCGCUCUUCUCUCUGUCCGCGCAGACGCAGAGCUUCGGGACGUGGCUGUGGUGUGUGUUGCCAUGGUUCCUGGUGUGGGUCCUGAGCGGAGCGGGCGUGGUCUGGGGGUGUGUCCGUGUGCUGUACCUGUGGGAGCCGGUCACGCCCCUUCACUCGCCCACGUCAGUGCGCUUCUGGAGACACAGGAAACAGGCCGACCUGCAGCUGUACCGGGGCGAUUAUGCGGCAGCCGCGGUCAGUCUGCACACCUGUCUGUCCGUCUUGUCCAGAGUGCUGCCCUCCUCCACCCUCGACCUCAUCUGCUCGCUCUCCUGGAACCUGAUUCGCUACUGGCUGCAGAAACCCGCCCCCCUGGGCUGGCUGGUGCGUCUGGUUGGAGGAAGACACGAGGGGGAGGAGUCACAGACCAGCUCACGCGACGCCGCGCUGGUGUAUCACCAACUCAACCAGCUGCAGCUCACAGGUAAGCUGGAGCGGCGGCCGCUCUGGGGUGUGUGUGUGUCUCUGACCGCUGUGAAUCUGAGCGAGAGCGCGGAGGGGAAGAUACCAGUCGCUCAGCGGAUCCAGAUCUUUGUGACGGCAGCCAUCAGUCUGAGAGCUGCACUGGGGAAACACCUCACCUGUCUGCCCGGUUACCUGCUGAGCUGUGCUGAGGCUCUGGCCUGUCAAUCAGACUUCAAGCCCCUCCCAGACUGCCUGCGCUGGAUCUUCACGCCGCUGGGCCGCCAGUUCUUCCUGAGCUGUGAUUGGUCAGUGAGGGCGGAGAGCAGCGAGCAGAUCUUCACGUCUCAGAGAGAUCAAGCGGAUCCCAUCGCACAGCUGCACCGCUGCUUCUGUGAGAAGCUCCUGGAGAGAGCAGUGCACACGCUGAUCGAGCCGCAGAGCAGCAAACACACAGAGGAUGCUGGGGAGUUCACGGGUGUUUUGGAGUUUCUGCAGCUGUUGAACAGCUGUACUGAAGACUCCGCCCCCUCCACCGCCCCCUUCCCUGCGCUGGCCAAUCAGAGCUCAAUGCCAGUCAGGGACUCCGUGUGCCGCUGGUGGGCAUCGGUGCUGAAGGCUGCGGUUCAUUGGCUGCAAGGUGAUGAUGCGUUGGUGAGGUCACUGCUGGCAGAGGCAGAGCGGAUGCCCAGAGCACUGCACACGCUGGAUCACCCGCUGCCGAAGGCCGUGCUGGCACUGUGUAAGGCUAUGCAGAUGAGUGUGAGUCCGCAGAAGAGCGAGGGAGUUGUCAGCUGCCUCAGUCACUGCCAGCGUGCCAGUGCGCACCUGCACUUCAGUGUGUGUCAGUCUCACAACAACACCUGGCUGCACAAGGGGGUGGAGCUUCUGGUGUGUGACCUCCUCCUGACUCUGAGGACCAGCCUAUGGCAGCGUGGAGGCGGGUCUAACGGGGAGCCAGGCCCCGCCCCUGGAUCCAAGCUGGCUGGAUUUCAGAGGGACCUGAGCUCUCUGCGGAAACUAGGACAGGCCCACAGACAGGCCCAGCACAAGCUGUUCCUACAUGAGACGACGGUCCGACUGAUGGCAGGAGCCAGUCCAACACGCACACACCAGCUGCUGCGACACCGAACACACAACUACAGCACAGAUGGUGACUGCGCUCCGGGCGAGCGUGAGAGGGCUCAUGCUAUUCUGCUAGCGUGUCGUCACCUGCCGCUGCCGCUGCUGACGCCGCCAGGUCACAGAGCUCGACUGCUGGCCGAGGCCAAACGCACACUGGAGCGAGUCGGAGACCGCAGAUCCCUGCAGGACUGCCAGCAGAUACUGCUGCGGCUCGGAGGAGGAACCACCAUCGCUGCCACAUAACACACACACACAUAUAUAUAUACACAC